GCAGUGUUUGGAUGAGGACCUUCUACUUUAGUAUCUCCUCUCCCAGCGUGUGUAUAAUCCACAAUAUUAUACACGGCGACUAUUGACUUCGUUCCAUUAUAUGAGGCUGUUUGCAAAAGCUGCUGCUGCUGUUUGGAGGCACCACUUGUGCUUUAUCCUUUCUGCUUCUCCUGCAUUGUGCUCCAUGCUCCGUGGCCUUAUGGAACCAGAGAGCCCACCUUGGGUUGCUGUUUCGUCAUUUGGAAGGCUCUACAUGUUCCUCCUCCUCUUUCAUUUCUUUGUGCCGUUUGCACUAACUUCAGCGUGUCCUCCACCCCCAGAACCUGAGAAUGGGGGGUUCUUGUGUCAUCCUCCGCACUGUGAACAGCCUCUAAUAUCUGGUAGUGUGAUUGAGUACUUCUGCGCAGAAGGCUACAUGCUAAAAGGGGACUACAAAUUCUUAACCUGCAAGAAUGGCGUUUGGAGCCCACCAAUGGGGAUCAGCUGCAGACUUAAUCAAGAUACAAACACUCAUUCCACCCUCAGUGUACCAACACUCUCCAUAGUUGCCUCUACUGCCAGUUCUGUGGCCUUGAUCUUGUUACUUGUUGUUCUGUUUGUGCUGCUACAGCCCAAGCUCAAGUCUUUCCAUCACAGUAGACGUGAAGCAUGUGUGCCUGGAGAACAGGUCUCCAUUAUGGUUGAUGGUGUACAGGUUGCACUUCCUUCCUAUGAAGAAGCAGUGUACGGCAGUGCAGGUAACUGCAUUCCAUCUGCCAGUUCUCGUGUACAGAUUGUGCUGUCAGAGGGGCCAAGUGAAGAGCAGGAGAUUCAACAAGCGACUUGCAGCUCCAGCACUACAAGCCACAAUUUGAUGAGCUCAGGCACUACAGUUCAUGGCCAUGGGCAGCCCAGUCAGAGCUCACAGCACUCAGAAACUGUGCUAGUCCACCAGGCUUCUCCUUCUCAGUGGGUUCUUGGAGCAGAAAGUCAGACUCUAUCAAGGGAAGGUGCAGACUCCGAGAACAGUGAUGUGCAGAGCCUGCUGUCCCUGUCUUCUGAAGAAUACACUGAUGAUAUUCCUCUUCUUAAAGAAGCCUGAACACCUAGGACUCCUUGCUACACCCUGCAGGAUUUCCUCAUGUUCCUGUUCUGCACUCCUAUAUCAGCAGCUGUUCCUGACUGUGUCUUCUCUCCAGCCUUCAUUAAAGACAGACAAUCUGAGCUCCAAGGAAAGUGCACCAUGGAGCCCAACAGUUUGAGUGCUGCUUGCAGAGGUGUAAAACCCGAUUUUGUGUGCGUCAUUGUAGACUAUAUAAAGAUUUAAAUGUCAAAACUCCUAAGGCAGGCCAAAUUCCAAUGUUGCCUGGCACUUAUCCCUUAUAAAUUGUUGCUUUUGGCUGGCCCAACACAUCCAUAGUUCAACUCCUAUAUAGACAUCAUUCUCUUUGAUCAUACAGGUUCUCCCUGUGAGCAACAUUAUCACUUGAUAUCUAGCAGUAGUCCUCUGGUCGGGUUAGUUGCUUCCUCCAUUCCCUUUUUCCCAUUCAAACCAACUAUUUCUUCCAUUACAAUCUGAGAAUGAGGGCAUCAUCAUUGUCCUUAGCAUUCAUAUCUUCACAGCUCUUAAAUGUUUUUUUCUGAUGGCAUGUCUGCAUUCUGAGCUUGCUGAAGUUAUACACCAUCUGUUUUAUUUCUUGGUUAAUAAGGCAACAUCAUUUACAUUGCAGCCAAGGGGUAUGUUGUAUUGCUAGGUCAAUCUUCAUUUACAAAGCCUUUUGUCCUUUCUUAUAAAUCGGAACAAAGGAUCAGAGAUACACUGCAGAACUAGCGUCAUACUCCGAAUUCUUUAGUUUCCCACAAAUCUUGCUGCAAAUUGACUCUGUGAAAUGCAGGGGUAGUGCAUGGAUUUAUAUAUUCUUGGGGAAACUGUAAACACAUCCAAUCUGCUGAUGCUGCUAAUAGAAACUUGAAAAUCUCAUGGAAGGAAGAGGAAAUCUCUUUCCUGUGCUAGGUGUGAAGUGGAAUGCAAAUGCUUAUGUAUGCUUUUAUGAGACUGAAUAUUUAUAAAUCUAUAUAUGUAUAGGAACCUGUAGAAAGAUGUGGUCUGCAUUUCCAGCCCUCCUCCUUGUUCCUGUGUGUUAAUUAAGGCAGGAAAGAGACUGUAAUCUAAACAAUUACUGAUCCUAAAUUACAUCAUCUGAAAGGCGGAGAAAUGCAGGGCUCGUUCUCAUUUGUAACGCAGGUCUACAGGUGUUGGAGAUGUAGGAACGCCAGACAAAAAGGAGUUGGACAGUGUUGAACAAUUAUGAGGACAGAGUUAUGACCUGACAAGUAUAGAAUUAGUGACAAUACAUCAAGAGAGGUGCAGGGUCUGCCAGAAGAAAUUCAGAGGAGAAGUGCAGGGUCGGACAGGAGAGAAAACAGACAUACAAUUCAUUGGACAUGGUACAAGGCCCUCCGAACAGGUAUUGAGGAGAAGAGCAUAUCUGCUGGAGAGGAGAGGCACCUGAUAUUGAUACUUUGCAGGAAAAUAGCAGUGCCCUACAGGAGAGGACUUUGUGUAUAGGGGAGAGUUGCUUUGCCUGGCAGGAGUGAGCCAGGGAAAGGAACAGAGCCUACCAAGAUAGGAAGCAGUAAGAGGAGCAAGACUCACCAGUAGGAGUUCAAACCAAGAAGAGAUCCCUCUUGGGAGGGACCUGGGUAAGUAGCAGGGACUUUGAUGGAAUGGGGUAAGAAAAUGGAAAAAGUGCACAGUAUGUCCCCUGAGCAGGAGUAUAUGGCAGUGAGAAAGAACACCAAGGAUGGGCUGGAAAUGCUAGAACUACCAAAUUAAAAGGGAGUGUGAGACAUGAAAAGGGAGAAGUAAUGGAUAAAAUAGGAUUUUUAUGCCACUGUGUGUAUAUAAGAAAUUAUUUUCUAUGACAGUAGAGGAUGUUACUGUGUGAGCCAAAAAAAAAAUCGGAUACAGAAACAAACUUGUGUUAGAGAAUCACAGAGAUGUUAUACUGAUGGCGUUUGGGCUAUACAGGCUCAUUCUCAAACUAAGGAAGCUUCUUAUGUACUCCAUUACAGUCAGCCGUUAAAUAUAUAAUUUCUGCCAUUUCUCUAAUGUUUGUGUCUGUUCUGUGUCCCUUAAACAAAGGUGAAGCAACUACAAUCCCAUUAUCAAGCCACAUAUGUGUGUGUGUUAGUCAUAUUUGUGUAUGUAUGACUGUGCACUGACUGUUCUACAUAAGCAACAGCUAAAACUUUAUAAGGCUAAUUUAUGAAGUACAAUGCACUAAAAUGCAUCUAAUGCAUGCUUAAAAUCUUAAGAAAGGUAGUUGCACCCAUCCAUGUGCCUAAUGCCUUGUGCUGUGAGUCAGUUCACCCUGCUGAGAUGAACUGCACUCAAGGUUCAACGUACAAGGGAGCCCUGGAAUUAAUACCCACCUUGAGGAGAUAGUACUUACUUUCAUGGUUCCCCUAGCAUUGCAGUGGAUUCAUGUAAGAACAUGCGAUGUGCAUUGGAGUGCCGGAAUGGACGACAUUUACAUACACAGUUUACCAAAGCAAAUUUUCAUUUAUCUGUAAACCACAGGCAAGUUUUGGAGCCGGCAGGUUAAACAAUGGAGAUUUGUCUCUGCUUGCAUUUAUAAACGAGCCUUAACGUAUAACGGGUGCAGGUUACCAUUUAUCAGAUUCACUUUCCUUCAUCUGUCAAAAGGCCCCCGACUCUGAUGUGCAAUAUUUUCAUUAGCAUUAUAUGAGGCUGUCUGUCUGAACUGCGUCGCUGCUCACCAAUUUUUACUUGUAAAUAUGUCAAACAGAGGCUUUUUGCUUUCUUUUUUUUUUUUCUUUGAAUUUAAAUCCCUUACCCAGCGAUAUCCGGCUUAUUGUACGAGCUGUACACACGUUUGUGAUAUCCCAGGACAUAUACAGCCUUGUGUAACCUGCCUGGAACAUUGAGCAUUGCAGGCGGCACAUAUACAAUGUCUGAGUAAAUCACACCCUGGCAUUGCUGUGGGGCUGAUCGUAGUGUUUUAAUAUUUGUACAAAGUAAUUUAAUUGUAAUUGUUCUAUGUAUAUAACUGCAUUUCUAAAUAAGAAUAAUUAAAUCUUUUUUU